UGCUGACCAGGAGCAUGUUUAUUUGUAUAUAAUGAUCAUAAUGACCACUUGCACUUUUCAACAGCCAUGUGCCAUUGGAAUGCAAAGAUGCCACAGGAACAGAGAGGUAGGUUAGAGAAGAAACUCAUAUGCAGUGACAGCUAGGAAAUGACAGGUUUGGAAUACUCAUUUCAGACACAUUGCUUUGGAUUUUCAAGUUUGGGUGUGCAGGACUGGCCUUACCCUGGCAGUUUCAGCACUUUUUAUUGUGGAAUCAAUUUUUGUGUAUUCUCCUUCUGGUCCUACCUCCGAAGUCAGUCUGUCCUUGAGCUUGGAACCUCCUGCCAAGGCAGCAGCUGGGGUUAGGAGCCAUGGCUUUCCUUGCAGGAGGUCUAUGGCAAGGUGACUAUUUUCGGAGUUUUGGAGUGGCAGGUUUUCCUCAGGUUGUGAGGAGAACACUGAACUGAUUAUUUUGGCUUUUUUCUCACAUAUUUAUUGUCAAUACUUAAAAUGGCCUUUAUUGGAAGGACUUUGUUCCUUCUUAGUCCCAAAUUGCCAAAGUGCAUUCUGUCUCUGCAGGUGUCCUUGCCUUUCUAUUCCCCAAUCUCAACAGAGUAAAUGUGAUGCAGCUUCAUUUUGGGUGCAGAGACCACGUUCUUGAGUAAUGUGUUUUAGCUGAAAGAUAAGAUAAAAUAAUACCAACACCUGUGCUUCUACAAGGCAGUCUCUAGGACCAUUGCUGUGUGGAAGCUGUUCACAUUUUUGUUGUGUCUAUAAUCCACAUAAACAAUGUGGGGCUAUGCUGGCUGCUGGCAGUUUGAUCAGUUGGAGCUGCCAUUGCUCUUGGGAUUGGUAAUCUUCUGGCUUUUGAAAGCAAGCUGCUUGCAAGCAGAGUUCAGAUGUGUAGGCAGAGGACUGACCCGCCACACACAGGUUUUCAGAGCUGUUGACAAGAUUUAGCCUUUCCAGUUCUCCCAGGGAACAGCUGUCCAGGCCCUGAGAUGGAGCUGCACUUCUGCUUAACCAGAGUUUCUUUUCUGGUGUGUGCACCCUUCACUGAGAGUGCCCCCAGGGCACUGAGUAUCUUUGUUGCAGCAAAGCCGAUUGAGGGUGCUUGGUUCCCGUUCUGGUGUAUCCUGCCUGCUUGUCCUGUUCUUGUGGCUCUUAGAGGGUGUAACUGUACUCCUGCUGGCAGUGCCACGUGUGCUGGCAUUGCUGACUCCCUGCUGCAGGCAGCCAGGAGCAGGCAGUUCUGUGCAGGCUCUGGGACAAAUCAGUACAAACGGACAUGCAACACCCAGCUCUGCUUUUCCCUCACCUGUACUGCCUGGUAAAUCUGGAAAAGGAGCUUUGUGUCUUGCUGUCCUGCCUAUUUCUGCUGCUUUUACUGUGUGAGAGAUCUCUGCCAUAUGUGCAAUUGUUUUGUUUGUAAUUUGUACUUACUCAAAGGGGAGUGCAGCUUAUAUUGCUGUUGGGGUUUUUAAAGGCAAAAGUUUGUUGCUUAAUUGUGUUAUGAGCAUGGUUAAAAUAGAAAGCGUAACCAUGUUAUAUUUAUUUCUGUUCUGCCAUGACAGCCCAGAGCUGUAACACACCAAAAUGUUAUGCUUGAAAGAAUUUUCCUCAUUUGCAUGUGGUGUUGACUUAAACUUUUAACACAAAAUGGAAGUGGUUUUGUCGUAGUUACAUUUUUCUGCGAGCGCUUUCUCCAAGCGUGCCCUGUGAGUCUGAUGUGCUUUAGAUUUAUGGCAGUGCUGAGUGUAUUCGCUGCCUCAGUCAGCUGCGAGAGCUCUCCCGCUGGGGCCACUCCUCCCUGAUGGAAAAGGAGCAGCUGGGAAGGUGCUGUUUCAGGCUCUUGCUGGCAUUAAAAAAAAAAAAAAAAGGAAAAAACAAACUCCUCACACACUUACAUUGGAGAGGGGGAACCAGGCCACGUGACUCCCACCAUCCUACCCUAUGUCACCGUGUGUGUAGGAGCGCUGACUGCUCCUGCCCAAUCAUGCCUGGAAUGCUGCUUGCCACUUGGGCUAUUUCUGCUAUCUGUCGCUCCCAGGGCUGCAGUGCUAACCGUUUGGCACAUGGGACACUUUUUCUCGGAGUUUAUGUCUUUGGUUUUUAACUUCUGGCAGUGCCUGAAUUGUUGCUGUUCUCCCUCUCCUUUUCUCCUCUCUGUAAAACCAUGGCCCAUCGGCUGCGGUUUCACUUUGGCUCUGGGAGAAGCAACACAGCCCCCGAGUCGGGGAUCCUUUCCCAGGAGAGAGAAGAUGACUUUUUCAUGGCGUUCCACACGUUGCCAAGGAGAAGCAGCCCUCACGCGUUGUCGCGGCGCGGGGCGGAUUGUGGCGCCGAUGGAGACUUGCCCCAGGAGGGCUCCCUGAAGAGGAGCACAUCCAUGUUCAUCCCGCAGCUGCUGAGCGGCCUCGCCCCGCGCCCCACCAGGAGCUCGUCCAUGCAGAUCUCGCUGCAGCGCAAAGCUGCCGACGGCUGCGCGGCCCUGGAGUGUCCGCAGGAGACACCCUCCUGUCAGCUCUCUGACUUCGGGGAGCCUUGUGCAGCCUCUGUUGAAAACCACUCUUCUCCACAGGUCACUCCUGAGCUCUCUUCGCCCCGGCUGACCGAAGAGUUAGGGCAGCAGGCGGAUGGAACUGUUUGCUGUAACCAUAGAGUAUAUUGUAGUGUUCCUACCAAUAACCAGAGUGAGGAGGCUCUGCUGACUGCCCAGCGAGAAGAGGCGACCAAAGCUUCAGGUUUAAACAUAAGUGGUGUGAGGAUUCAGCAUCGGGCCUCGAGUGCAGAUGUGCCUCAAGUUACUCUACUUCCCUUUGGUCCUGAGGCUCCAGAUAGUGCUCCCAGCCCUGAACCCCGGCGCUGGUCCUUGCAGCAUGUGCCAGACCUGGCGGCAAACUCAGGGAAAAAGUUCUUUGUUCUCCAGUUACAGCAGCCACAGACGAGUGGUACAGGCGCAGGAGGUGGAGGUAACUUUGGCUUUACUGGAACCAAAGGGGACAGGUUGGUCAGGUACCCUCGGAUACGGCUGGAAAGGAGUACUUCCUACCCUGUCCAGCCACCAGCAGAAGGAAUUAGCCCCACAGGUGAUGGGCUGAAUUCGGAACUGCCUGGAAACAGCAGGAACAGGGCAGAAAUACCUAGAAGCAAUUCAGUAGAGCGGAUGCCUCAAGGGCAAGGAUGCUUGUUUAAGAUCAGACCAGAUCAAAACAUGAGGCAGCAGCACUUCAGGAUCCUUGUGACACGUGGGCCUGAAGAACAAAGUCAGGGUGUUGGUAAGGAGGGUCGUGGCAGCCCUGGCCCUACAGCAGCCGGCCCCGCAGUAAGUACGAUGCUGAGUGUGCUGUGCUGGGAACGUGUGUGUGCUGGUAAAACACAGAUUGCCUUACAAAGGCUGCCACCCUGGAGCCAACUGCAGCACGUCCAUUGUCUGUGCUGGAAUGUUCUGCAUUGCUGUGGAGCAAGCCACGAAUCAUCAUCUUUAUUUCUAGUCUAAUGUAACUUCUCUCUCAGUUAUGAUUACAUCCAGUGUAAUAUUUUCAGAUCUUACUGUCACAUGUUUCUUAAUUCGCUCUUACGUCAGCUGGAAAGAUUUUUUAAAAUCAGAGCAUUCAAAUAGCAAAUUAAGCGUUCCUGUUAGUUUAGUUGGCUGAGACCUUGCUGCAUGAAGAACUCUUCAUGCACUCUGGUAUUAAAAACAAAUACUUUGGCACUUUCUAAGUGUAAUGGACACGUGUACCUCUACACACUUUAAAAAUGCGUAUUGUAAUGAAGUCAUUGUUAAGACUGUGGGAAUCAGGGUAGUUUCAAUCAAAAUACUGGCUUAGUUAAGGUACCAGGAAGUCUGGGGAAAAAAUAAUCUUCGUUAUAGUAAUUUUUCUUUCCUACUUCUGGAAGUGAAAAACAUGUCAUGCUUUUUGUAUACCAUAAGUCCUGUGCAAGUGCACAGCUCAGUUAACAGUCUCAUUGUUUGGAUUUGCCUUGAUUUGGCUUUAGGAUGGCAAAAUCAAUCUUUUGGGUUUGCUUGGUUACAGUGGGUGAGGAUUGAUGGUUGAUGCUUUUCAGGCACUUUUUCAAAGCCCAAAGUAGGAAGGAAACCGAAGGGUUUAGAUUAGUCAUUUGCUUAAAUUGCUUUGCUGUGCAAUCCAACACGGCCCACUCGAGUUCCCAGCUCAUGGAUGCUGUAUUUAGCAUAGCGAGCUCUGCCUCCAGCUGUGGCAUGGUGGCUGAGGAGAUCUCAGGCUCCACAGCUCCUGGGCUCUCAGGCACUGAAAUGCAGCACAGGGACAGCUGCUCCCUGCAGCAAGGCCAGGGGUUACUCUGCAGCUUUCCCCUGGAACAGCUUAUAGGCUCUGUGUUUUCCAACCUUCUUUAGAGCUCUUCAAAGAGUAAAAUAAAAAGAAAUCCUUUUCUGGUACAGGUUUGGUUCCAGGACACGUAAGGGAGCAGAAAAAAGUAUGUCUGAUUUUUCCUUUCUUCUUUAUUAUCCGUUCCUCCUUUCCAAGAUCAGCUGUUGAUGGAGAUCCACCACAGCCAGGUCCAAAAGUAGCUGUGGGAUGUCAGACCUAGCACAGAGGCAGCAGAGGUUGGCAGAGAUGUGCCCUGGGGUCUGUGCAGCAGUUCUGUUCUCGUUUUCCUAAAGGAUCUCCC